AGGUGGAAACGAAUGUCGAAUCUCUAGAUGGGUUUGUAAUACGCGGGAUAAAUGCGACGUUAGGCGGUUCGAAAUUCGUUGGAUUUUCAUUUCUGUUAAAUCGUAUGAAACCGCAAAGCGUAAAUAGAAGAGCGCCAUGACGCAGGUGAUCGAAUUGAUAUGCCAAUUGCCGGGAAUGAGUGACGGCGAUAAGAAAAGGUCCAUACUAACAGAGAUAAAGAACAAAUUGAACAGCUUGAACAAUGACGAUUUGAAAUUGGUCGGUCACGGCGUGAGCUACAACCUUUUACUUGCCGAUUCAUUUUCAAAUGACAGCAAGACGAACGAGCUAUUCUGCGAUGUGCUUCACAUCCUAUUCAACACCCUGGAAGUUGGUGAAGUGUACGAAAAAUAUCACGAGGCAAUAUCAAAGGCGGUGCAGCUUAAGGAUCCGUCGAUAAAGAGCCUGACGAUGAGGGAGUUUUUACGCACUACCAACGACCCUAACAAAGUAACAGAAAUCCAAAAAGACUUCUGCGUAAUCGGUGCGAUUCUGAAGAGUCUGGGUAACAAGGAUUUGAAAAUUUCCCAAAUGGCCGCAACGAUUCUCAAGAGAAUCGCACACAACGCCACUGGCCUCAAGAUCCUCCUCACUCAAUUUCAUAACGACCUGAUUCAGCUCAUGUCCAAAAGCUCGACAGUGACCUGCAGGGUCCUGGACUUAAUGGUCGAUCUUUCAUCCGCUUCUACGGAGGGAUUCAAGGCUUGCGAAGAUGCCGGAUUCCUCAACAGAUUGGUCGCCUUAAUUUCUGACAAUGAAACUCUAUCUCAGUUAAACGCUCUCGAGUUACUGACAAAACUUGCGCUGAGCGCAGAGGGCUUAGCGUACUUAGAAAGACGUCACGUGCUAAAGCAUCUUGCAUUCAAAGUUGCUCGCGCUGAGCAGGACCCUCUGACGUCACUGCUGGUCCCUGGGCUCAUAAAGUUCUUUGGAAAUGUCGCACAAAGAAACCCCAACGAUAUAUUUUCGAAAUACCCAGUUGUAAUCAACACACUCUUCGGGGUAAUCAACACCCACAAUUUAACCAUUUUACCCAUUGCCCUUGAUACCUUGGGACACAUAGCUAAAGGAGCAGAGGGAAAGUAUUCCUUAGAAAGUUUGGGUGAACCGAUGCUAACUGCACUGAGAAAUAUCGGUAAAACGGUGGUGGAGCUACCUUCGAACAUAAAAGUACGAGCUCUGAAUUGCCUUGGGCAAAUCAUUAGGGUCCAGGAGGAAGAACAAGACAACAGGAUCCUCUCAUUGACAAAAUCUUGGUUCGAUUUACUCGACGACAAUCCGCUAGAUUUAAUAGUCGGAUUCUGCAAGCAGCCUUUUCCUGAUAUAAGGAGAGCGGGAUUCGAGGUAUUGGGUGCAGUUGCCUCCCAAACCUGGGGACAGGAGUACAUAGCAAACGCCCCUGGUCUAGUUGAAUUCCUACUCGACCGUAAUGUUGAGACCUUCAAAGAGUGCAAAGAAGCCAAGCAUGAAGUCGUCAAGGCCUUGAGCGUCGCGUCCUCUGAUAUUUUCGACUUUCAAACAAUGCAGCGGCUCAAGGUGUUUGUCAAUCAGGGACCCAUAUAUGUCGAAACUACCAUGGAUAUUGACAUCGAAGGUGCUUCAUAGAUUCAUGUUCAUUAUGAGACAUGAUUCGCAUUUGUCAUGAUUCUAAUAAUUGUUCAUUCAUGGCAAUUGACGUCGAUGUACUCUAUUGCUUGUCGUCAUUAACUUAGCUGAAUGAUGACAGCACAUGAUAUAUGAUAAUUACCAUUACUUUCAAAUAUUGAACAAUCAUCGAAUGUAUAUUCAGAUAUAAUAAUAAAGUUUGUAAUUCUUUUUCUCAUA